AUGUUAUGUGGAAAUAAAACAGAUCAAUGUCCAAAAUGUCAUCGAUAUAUUAGAAGAGGUAUUUUUGCUUAUCAUUAUGAAAAUAAUUGUGCUGAUUUGGAUGACGAUAUUGAUACUCCCACUCCACGAUUGAAAAAUUCAUCGGUAAAUCAUCCUCGCUCAAACUCUACUAGAUCAGAUGCUCAAAUGAUGAAUAUCAAAAACUAUGACCAAGAAGAUGAUAGUGAUACAGUUAAAUGCAUCUUUUGUAAUCAUGAUUUUACGUUUAUUGAACAUAAAAUUCAUCAGGAGAAUUGUAUUGAAAAUCCUGAUAAUACUAAUAAAAAACAACAGCAAAAAUCUUUUAAAUCAAAUGAAACUCGAAUAGCCCAUUCAUCAGAAGUUGAACCUGGGACUUCAAAUAAUAUUAUUCAUAUUCCAUGUGAAAUUUGUAAUGAACAGAUUGAUAUAUAUAGCUGGUCAACUCAUACUCAAGAUUGUCGUGAACGUGAAAUUUAUCGAAUUGAAGCUCGUGCUCAAGCGAUAAAUCGAGAACCUAUUAGUGAAAAACUUCCAUGUGAAUAUUGCCAAAAAUUGUAUUCAGUAAAACGACUUGGCAAGCAUCAAAUAUCUUGUGAAAAGAAUCCUGAUAAUUUAGAACCAGUAUCAACAGUUACUUUGUUAAAUACAACACCCUUAUCAACUUAUUCAUCUCUUCAACCAUCAAGAGUAUCAUCUGAUAAUGUUUCACUACCAUUAACGAAUGAUAUAAUGAACCGAAUUAACAAUCGACGACGCAGUUCUAUAUCACAAGAUGUGCCUGUGACAUCAAAUACAAUCUUGGAUGCACGUCGAAAUGUAAAAACUAUGAAACUACGCGAAAAUAAUAAAUUAUCUCUUCCUAUCGCUGCACGUCCACCAUCAAAUGAACGUAGAACGAGUUUCGAUAAAGAUUCUCAGUUGAUAAAUUCCAAUGCUAACCAAAGAAAAGAACAUCAUUUAAGUCGUGCACAAUCAUUACCACGUCAAGUGCGAAGUGCUUUUGUAGACAGACAUCUUACAGAUAAUAAAUCAUUGCCACAAAGAACUGGAUCAUCAAGCACUCAUUCUUUACGUCCGCCGUCAGUAUCUAACAACUCACGUAAUAGUAGAGGAAGCUUCGGUCCAAGUGCUACUAAACCUUUAGUAGCUAAGAAACCGAUAACUUUUCAUGGUGAUUUUGACCAGGAUCAGGAAUACCAACCGAAGCUCAAUCAACGUAGUCGUCCAACAACUAAAACGACAAGGCCUAAAACACAAUUACCAAGUUCGGAUAGAAAUCAAAAUACAAAAACAACUAAUGAAAAUUCGACUACAAUUCGUAUAGGUGCAUCAAUAUUAUUAGGUAUUAUAUUUGGUUUUUUAAUGAACAAAGCAAAUGUAUAUCUUGCACCAACAAUUCGUGAACAAAUGUUAUUCAAACGUUUUGCUAUGAUUAAAAUGUUUCUUGCUGCUGUUGGAAUGUCAAUGCUAAGUGUUGUUCUUCUAAUUAUCAUUAAUGAAUCUGUGUAUCGAAAAGUUCUUAAUGGAUUUAUUCAACGUAAUAAUCGUAUUAAUGCAUUGCAAUUGAUAAUCGGUGGUAGUCUUAUUGGUGUUGGAAUGGUUCUUGCAGGAAGCUGUCCAGGAACUAUAUUUGUUCAAAUUGGUUCAGGUUUAAGAAAUUCGUUUAUAACAGGUAUUGGUGCUAGUUGUGGUGUUUUAUUUUAUUAUUUAUUUCUUAAUGAUCGUAUAACAAAAUGUGAACUACCAAAAUCAUCGACAGUUCUUCAACAACUUCCAGAUUUAAUGGGUAUAAAACGUAUUUAUAUAAAUUUAAUAUUUGGUUUAUUAUUUAUUGGUAUUUCAUUUCUUCUUGAAUCGCUUAUACCUUAUAAAAAUAAUUCAAUUGAACCAAAUGAUUCUCUUGUAAGAAGUGGUUGGUCACCAGUAUUAUGUGGUGUUGGUAUUGGUUUAUUACAAUUAUUUUUUAUGAUGUUUUUUGAGAAAUCAUUAGGUAUAUCAACUGGAUUUACUGUAAUAGUUGCACAAUUAUGUCGUAUAAAUUCUGUUAAAAAAUUAAUUCCAUCAUUAGAACCAUUUGCUUAUGGAAUACAAAAUAAUUUAACAUUAUUAUUUUCUUUCGGAGCGAUUUUAGGAAGCUUUAUUGCAACAGUUUUAAUAGGUCAAUUUCCUUUAAAUGAAAAAUAUGGUGCAAAUGCUUUUGAUAGUUUUCUUGGAGGAUUUUUAUUAUUAAUUGGUGCACGUUGUGCAGGUGGUUGUACAAGUGGACAAGGAAUUUCUGGUUUUACUCAUCUUUUAAUCGGUUCUCUCAUUGCAACAGCGGCAAUGUUUGGUGGUGGAAUUCUUUUUGCAAUAAGCUAUGGAUUAAUAACAGGCGAUUGGCAAUUUUAUGGUCUAUAA